GUCUGGUAAUGCUGGGGGUCAAAUGUAACGCAGUUAUGUCUAUCGAAUGAAAUUUGGCUUGUACCUGCUCCAAUGCCUUUUAUCCGAACGAUAACUUCAAGAAGGGCAAAGGCAGCGGACGCUCCGCGGAUGCUCCGCGGGAACUCCGAACAUUACAGCACUUGGCCCCACCCCCGUCUCUAUAUAAGAAACCACGGUCGCAAAUCUGACAAAAGAAUCAAUUCGCUGAGGGGAGAACACCAUGGUCACAUCACCAACCGCACUAAUCAUCGGCUGUGGGAUUGCCGGCCCCGUGCUGGCCAUUUUGCUCAAACGACGAGGCUAUGCGCCCAUUGUGUUCGAGAAGGUCGGCGUGCUCGGCGACGCGGGCGCAUCGCUGCUCAUCCAGCCAAACGGAAUGAAGGUCCUCGGUCUCCUAGGUAUAGCUGAGUCCCUCGAGCAGGACUUCCAACCGCUGCGCGGAUUCUGGCACGGCACGCCCGACGGCCGAACCCUCGCGUCUUCGACCCUGGCUGAGGAAUUCAAGACGCGAUACGGCUUUUCAGCCGUUGGCACCCGACGCUCCGAGCUGAAUCUCCGGCUCAAGAACCUGCUCCUGGACCAGGGAAUCGGAGUCCGCGAGGGAUGGGAAUUGCUCCGCAUCGAGGAGCACGCGGAUUCCGUCACGGCCCGAUUCACCAACGGGCAGUCAGCGACUGGCUCGUUCCUCGUGGGAUGCGAUGGCAUCAAGGCUGCUUCCCGGGGGGAGAUUCUCCGAAACCACCACGACGGCGAGGAGGGCCCUCCGAUGUUCACGGGCUUAACCCAGACCGCGGGCAUCUCACCCACUCCGUCGAAUCUGCACGACCGAGGAAGGCAGAUGAGCAACUGGUACGGCGCGGGCAUUCAUGUCAUCGCGUAUCCGGUCUCCAAGACACAUACCUCCUGGGCGGUGACGCUACCGGACGCGAAUGAACAGCCGGAAACGUGGAGGCUGUCCGGUGCAGAGGACCUCGCGGCGCGGCGCGGCGAACUGCAGGCUCACUUGGCGGGAUUCGAGCCCGCGGUUCAACAGCUAGUUACGGAUGCAGAACGUCUGAUCAAGUACGGCUUGUUCGAUCGGGAGGAGCUGACGGCGGAGCAGUGGCAUUCACGCCGGUGCGUGUUGGUCGGCGAUGCUGCGCAUCCCACCAGUCCGCAUAUCGGGCAGGGGGCGAACCAGGCGCUGGAGGACUGCUAUCACCUUUCACAUCUUCUCCCAGACCUCCAGCUAAGCUCGACGACUGAUGCGAAGACCCAUCAGCUAGGUGAUGGGGACCUGGUCGAGAUAUUCCGAACCUUCGCACAGCGCCGUCAACCACGAACAUCAACAUUAGUAAAAGAGGCGCGACGGCAGGGCGAGCAGCGGGUGGUUGUGGGCGGGCGGACCAAGUGUCGCGAACGGGAUGCUCGCAUCACAGCAGCGUGGAAGGAUUCGGACACCUUGAUGGAGAACUUCGACCGGUUGCUGCGGGAGCCUUUCUAGAUCUAGCGAUGGCCACUAUGGCAUCGCUUUGGCAAAGGCCCUGUUCGUCACCCCUGCCAACAAUCAGCUGAGACGGCGAUACAAUCUUGUCUCUUCCAAACCUGAGAGCACCCUCGCGCUAUGUCGAAGGCGUCAAUCCCAACCUUGCAUUACCGGCGAGCUCUCAUCGACAAGGUUUGGAUGGGCACAUAUCGUAACGACGCAGGCUUCGCGAAUUCUUCAUCGAGAGUGUGGAUCCUCAGCAGC